AAUGGCGGGAAGACCUCAAACCCCAGGAACGUCUUGCCCCCAACGGAGGGAGCAGCCCCUAUAGCCAAUCCGUGCUGAACCCGGGAAAUUUAAACCCCUCAACGGGCGCCCGGCAGUUCAGAGCCAAUCAGGAGACAGAGUUAGGCUAUAAAUUGCGCACAGCAAGUGAUAGGUGCUUAUUGCUCUGUGCAUGGACUGCAGAGAGCUUGGUAACGCGUAGCACCGAGGAUGGCUCGUACUAAGCAGACGGCUCGUAAAUCCACCGGCGGGAAAGCGCCCCGCAAGCAGCUCGCCACUAAGGCUGCUCGGAAGAGCGCCCCCGCCACGGGUGGGGUGAAGAAGCCCCAUCGCUACCGCCCCGGAACCGUGGCCCUGCGGGAAAUCCGCCGCUACCAGAAAUCUACCGAGCUGCUGAUCCGCAAGCUGCCCUUCCAGCGCCUGGUGCGGGAGAUCGCCCAGGACUUCAAGACGGAUCUGCGCUUCCAGAGCUCUGCUGUCAUGGCCCUGCAGGAGGCGAGCGAGGCUUACCUGGUGGGGCUCUUCGAGGACACCAACCUUUCCAUUGUUGUGUUGUUAAGAGGUAGCGUUAAGAUGUCUGGUCGUGGUAAGGGUGGAAAGGGGCUGGGUAAGGGGGGUGCUAAGAGGCACCGCAAGGUCUUACGAGACAACAUCCAGGGUAUUACGAAGCCUGCGAUCCGCCGUUUGGCUCGCCGCGGCGGGGUGAAGCGUAUCUCGGGGUUGAUCUAUGAAGAGACCCGCGGGGUGCUGAAGGUUUUCCUGGAGAAUGUGAUUCGUGAUGCGGUGACCUAUACUGAGCACGCUAAGCGGAAGACGGUGACGGCUAUGGAUGUGGUGUACGCCCUGAAGCGCCAGGGGCGCACCCUGUACGGCUUUGGGGGUUAAACUUCAAGCCUAGAAACCAGAGUAAUUGUUGCAACACAAAGGUCCUUUUAAGGGCCGCCCACUUCUGCACAGAAAGAGCUGCGUGUGAGAGGCACAGAAAUAUAGAUUUUUACUACAAAUACUUAUUUCUAUGUUAUUGGAGUUGUAUGAAUGGGGUAGUUUCUGCUAACACCUGUUCUCUGGAGUCUGCUGAGCACUCUGCUUUUUGGUAUCUUUACAGUUUAAAUUAGUUUGAAUUCACAACUGUAAACCAGCUCACCUAUACCGCUGAGUCCAUAUAGUAUUUUUCUAUUCAGAGCAAGGAAUUUCAAUCUAUUUCUGAAAGAUGAUAGAA